AUGGAUAUAGCAACCGAUCCGGUAGAGUUACCGACUGAGCCGAAUGGAGAAGGCUCGGAUAUACGAGAAAGCUUGGAACAGUCGGUUCCGCCUAUUGUGGUCACCAAAACAAACGGAGCUGCCAACGGAAGCACCAACGGAAGCACCAAUGGAAGCACCAAAACCCGAUCAGCCACAAAAGCUGGCCCUCGGAUGGGAGGGGCCACCACAAACUUUAUCAAGGUAUCGCUCGAGUCAAUAGCGGCCAUCAAAGAGGUUACAAAGAAGCAUUCCGAGCUCGUGAAGUCAUGCCAAGCUGCUUUGAGCAAGCUGAAUGAGCCGGAAUUGCCUGAUAAUGCUACGAUAUUUGAACCAUUGCGAUUGGCUUGCGCCACUGAUAUUGUCGAGGCUAAGAUAAUUGCACUGGACUGUCUAAGCAAACUGUUCACGUUCAACGUGUUUGACGAUCCAUCCGAGGUGGUGGUGAGCACGAAGCGACAGGCAAAAUAUGUGGUCGAUGCGGACAUGGAGACAGGAUCAGCGGCAUUAAGCCCUGGAACAGACCGAAUUCCUCUAAUUGAUGCUGCAAUUGCCACAAUUGCUGACUGCUUCGAGGGCGAGGGCACCGACGAGAAAGUAGAAUUGCAGGUGAUUCGCGUGCUGAUGGCAGCCAUACUUAAUGAAUCUAUGCCUGCUCAUGGAUCCACACUUUUGACCGCUGUCAGACAGAUCUACAACAUUUUCCUACUGUCUUUGUCACCCAUAAACCAAGGAAUUGCGCAGGCCACGUUGACCCAGGUCGUGAACAUCGUAUUUGAGCGUGUGGUAACUGUGAGAGCUGAGAGGAGCGAAAUUUCUCGUAAUGCAAGUAUUGUCGAGGUUGGAGAGUCACAAACCAAGGUUUCUGAGGCCAAUUCCGAGGCCACUUCCCAACCCAAGUUGACCCUUUCGAACAUGGAAAACAUUAACGAACUCAAGCUGGCUGAGAUCUCUACCAACGAUGCCAGUGAAAUCGCCGUCAAAGAUGCAUUUCUUCUGUUCCGUGCGAUGAGUAAACUGUCAGUGAAGCCCAUAGACAAUGACGCUUUGGAUAUGAGAUCGCACGCGAUUCGCUCCAAGUUAUUGUCACUUCAUAUCAUUCAUCUGAUACUCAAAAAUCACAUCGAUUGCUUCAUGGACCGCGGUGCAGUCAUCUCUUCCAACAACAAUGAGACAAGUCUUCUCGAUGCCAUCCGCCAGUACCUCUGUCUCACUCUGUCAGGCAACGCGGCGUCGGCGCUGGCACCUGUAUUUGAGAUAUCUCUGGAGAUUUUCUGGUUUAUGAUAUCCCAGCUAAGAUCUGAGUUCAAGCGUGAGAUCCCUGUCUUUUGGGACGAGAUCUACUUCCCCGUGGCUGAAAUGAAGACUUCUACGGCCCACCAGAAGCGCUAUUUGCUCUCGAUCAUCAAGCGACUAAGCGAAACGCCUCGUGCUCUGGUGGAGUUCUUCUUGAACUACGACUGUGAUGCAACGAUGCCCAACAUUUGCGAAUCAUUAAUCGAUUACUUGACCAAACUGGCUCUGACUAGGAUCGACGUAACUCCAACUCAGAAGAUUGGCUAUCGUGAGAAUCUUACAAGACCACUUGCGACCUACAACCUUUCACAGUUGCCUAUGCUCUCUAUUGGAAAACUGGGUGGUCAUCCACCCGACCCAGAUGCAAACCUGAACUUCCCCGUGGAAUAUGCACUUAAAAUGAACUCCAUUGAGUGUCUUGUGGGUGUUUUGCGGUCGCUUUCUUUGUGGGCAGACGACGAUUCUUUGUUGAAAAGACCGAGAUCGCACACAAAUGGAUCAGUUUCAACGCCAUCCUUGCAAGAAGACUCGUUUGUGGCCGAGGAAGACGAGCCUGCGCAAUUUGAGACCCAGAAACAGCGCAAAACACAACUUUUGGAGGGCAUUCGCGAGUUCAAUUUCAAGCCUAAGCGUGGACUCCAGAGACUUGUGGACAAGGGUUUCAUUGCAUCAAAAGAACCAAAGGAUAUUGCUCAUUUCCUGCUCACUACUGAUGGACUAGACAAACAGGUAAUUGGAGAAUUUCUGGGCGAAGGAGACGAGUUGAACAUUGCAACGAUGCACGCCUUUAUAGACGAGAUGGUAUUUACCAAUACGCCGUUUGUGAGUGCCAUGAGAACCUUUUUACAGGCUUUCAGAUUGCCUGGAGAAGCUCAGAAAAUUGACAGGUUCAUGUUGAAAUUCGCUGAACGUUACGUGAGCGGGAACCCCACUGUUUUCGCAAAUGCCGAUACAGCCUAUGUGCUCGCUUACUCGGUGAUAAUGCUGAAUACUGACCAGCAUUCGGCACAGGUGCGCAAACGUAUGACUGUGGAUGACUUUAUCAAGAACAACAGCGGUAUAGAUGACGGUCAGAAUCUUCCACAGGAAUUCCUAGUGCAAAUAUUCGACGAAAUCCAGCAUCACGAGAUCAAACUACAAAGUGAACAGCAUGCCGCGUUGAUUUCAGGUGAUGUCCAACCCACACAGCAGGGCUUUUUCUUUGGGGGAAGGAAUAUCAGUCGCGAGAUGUACAUGCAGGCUUCGCGCGAGAUGUCUUCGAAGACCGAGCAAUUGGUGAGAACCAUUGGUAAACUGUCCAAGGACUCAUCCCGGACGGUAUACUACGUGGCGACCAACAACGUGGACCAUGUGAGGUCGAUGUUUGACACGCUGUGGAUGUCAAUUCUGGCUGGAUUGACUCCUCCUUUCAAGGAGUACGACGAUGAGGAUACCGCGAAACUGUUAUUGGAAGGAAUUAGGAUUUCUGUCCACUUGGCGUGUUUGUUUGAGCUUGAUUACGCUCGGGCUUCGUUCAUUGGGGCGAUUGUGCAGUUUUCUAAUCUUUCCAACCCUGAGGAACUCAAGCCCAAGAACCUGAGUGCGAUGUAUGUGAUGCUCGAGGUUGCAGUUUCCGAGGGCCAUGCUUUGAAAUCGUCCUGGAAAGAUGUUUUGGUGUCGAUUUCGCAGAUGGAAAGGUUGAAACUGCUAGCUACUGGAGUGGAUUCCGGAGUUGUUCCCGAUGUGGCCAAUGCACGCGUAGCAAACAGAGAUUCAGUGGACAGUUCGAGAUCGUCUCAGCAAAAUGGUUUCUUUGCCGCUCUUGCAAGUAUCGGUACAAAGAAAUCCACAUUAGCUGAGCAGGCGUACCACCACCACCAGAACCAGAAGUUGAAUCCAGAGAUCCUGUCCAUGAUUGUGUCCACCAACUUGGACGUGGCAAUGGAUAAGGUUUUUACACAUAGUUCCGACAUAGUUGGUGAUGGAAUCACUGAUUUUGUCCAGGCUCUGACGGAUGUGGCAUGGGAAGAGAUCGAAUCUUCGGGACAGAGCGAACAUCCGAGAAUGUUCUCGCUCCAGAAGAUGGUGGACGUUUGCUACUACAACAUGGGACGUAUUCGUGUUCAAUGGUCUGCAAUCUGGGCUGUUAUGGGUGAAAAGUUCAACAGGUUUGGAUGUCAUUCGAACAUUCGCGUUGCCUUCUUUGCUUUAGACUCACUAAGACAGCUUUCGCAACGGUUCUUCGAGCUGGACGAAUUGUCGCAUUUCAAGUUUCAAAAGGAGUUCUUGAAGCCCUUUGAAUACAUAAUUGCCAACAACCAGGAGAUUUCUGUGAAGGAUAUGGUACUCGACUGUGUCCAGUAUUUGGUUCAAAAGAGAGGCGACCAAGUGAGGUCAGGAUGGGUCACCGUUUUUGAUAUUCUAACAGAUGAUGCCAAGCUCACUGACGAAGGUCUUGUGACCAAGGGAUUUGGAUUCGCGAGUGACAUCACCAAUCACCAUUUUGACUCUGUUUUCAACCAGGGUGCUUUUACAAAUUUAGUGGUAUGUUUGACCGAGUUUGCGAAGAACCAGCGGUUCCAGAAGACCUCGUUGCAGGCACUUCAGGAGCUGAAGAGGCUGGUGAAAAAAGUGGUAGGGUUAACUUUGCCUGGGAAGACUGCCGUGUCAGACGAAAAAAGAACCUCAAACGACGGGGAUGAUAAGAAUGGCGUGAUCUUCGUCACCGAAGACUUCCUUGACAAAAUGUGGUUCCCAGUUCUAUUUAGUUUCCACGACGUCAUCAUGACUGGAGACGACCUGGAGGUUCGUUCUAGAGCACUGAAUUUCAUGUUUGACACCUUAGUCCAAUAUGGAGGCCAUUUCCAGCCUGAAUUUUGGGACAAAAUAUGCAAUUUGCUCCUCUUUCCUAUCUUUGGGGUCCUUUCCACUCACUGGGAGAUUAACCAAUUCGACAGUCAAGAUGACAUGUCGGUUUGGUUAUCGACCACCCUGAUCCAGGCUUUGAGAAAUAUGAUAGCUCUCUUUGCUCAUUACUUCGACACUUUGAAUCGGAUGAUUGAUGGGUAUUUGAAGCUACUGGUUUCAUGUAUUUGCCAGGAAAACGACACCAUUGCCCGGAUUGGCAGAUCGUGCUUACAACAAUUGAUCACUCAAAACAUGGGAAAGUUCACUCAGGACCAUUGGGAUAAGAUCAACGGGUCUUUUGAUGAGUUGUUUGAGCACACGACUGCAAAAGAGUUGUUCAAGGCUGACCCAUUGAAUAAUGGAACAGUUCCGGCACUGGCUGUUGAGGCAGGUUCCGAAAAUGUUGAAGCGUCAGCUUCCGAGGCUGAGAACGGGCUUGAUUUCAGUGCCGAGGAGAUGAAUGUAUCAUCACCAGCAUACAACUCGCAAAAGCAAUCUGCCCAGGAAGAAGAACGUCUUCAGAAGACCAAGGAGAAGUCUACGAUUGUCGUGAAGUGUGUGUUACAGUUACUUAUGAUCGAGACUUUGGCAGAACUCUUUGAGGACGGCGAGCUCUACGAGACAAUCCCAGUGGACAACCUGAUCAGAUUGGCCGGAUUGUUGGAAAGAAGCUACCGGUUUGCGCGCGAAUUCAAUGAUGACUACAACUUGCGUGUUCGCCUAUGGAAUGCCGGCAUCAUCGAGAGGUUGCCCAACUUGCUGAAGCAGGAGACGAGUUCUUCGGCUGUCUACAUCGCGAUCAUGCUCAGACUCUACACAGACCCGGAGAAAACUGGUCCAAAGCAGAAGGAACAUAUUGCGGCCACGCUGCUCCCAAUGUGCUCUGGAAUCAUCGAGAGAUACGUUGCUUUGGAGGAUGUCACCCAGUUGAGAAACAUUAACAGCUGGAGGCCAGUCGUCGUGGAGAUUUUGCAGGGUUAUGUUGAACUUGACGAACAAGAUUUCCUCAAGAACGCACCCACUAUGUAUGACCUAGUGAUGCAGAUGUUUGACAAGAGUCUUCCAGCCGAGUUGAGGACUGCCAUGAGGCUGUUUUUGGUUCGUGUUGGUGACGUUUACUUGAGUGGUCAGGAGUCCAAGAAAGAAGAAAGUUAG